AUGGCACCCUCGGCGAUAGAGAAGAUAACAUCAACCGUGACCUCCUUUUCGUCAGACCGACCUCGAAUCUUGGUCCCUGAGAAGGUCUCUUCGGAUGGCCUCGCGCUGCUGAAAGACAGGUACGACGUGGACAACCGCACCGGUCUGUCCGCAGACGAGCUCAUCGACGCGAUUCCCAACUACCAUGCCCUCAUUGUACGGUCCGAGACCAAAGUCAAUGCCGCCGUGCUCGCGGCUGGCAAAAAGCUCCGGGUCGUCGCAAGAGCUGGCGUGGGUGUGGACAACAUCGACGUGGACGCCGCCACGAGUAACGGCAUUAUCGUGGUGAACUCGCCUUCGGGCAAUAUCGUGGCGGCCGCCGAGCACACGAUCGCCCUCCUCCUCGCAACGGCCCGCAACGUCGGGCGAGCCGACACCACCAUGAAGGACGGCAAGUGGGAGCGAGGUAAGCUCGUCGGUGUCGAGGUCGGCAGCAAGACUCUCGGGAUCAUUGGACUCGGCAAGGUCGGGAUGAAGGUCGCCCGCAUGGCCAUCGGUCUCGGGAUGAAGGUGAAGGCGGUCGAUCCGUACGCCAGCAACGAGAUCGCGCGGCAAGCGAACGUCGAGCUCGUGACGGACCUCAAGAGCCUCUUGCCCGUGGUCGACUUCUUGACCAUCCACACCCCGCUGAUGGCCAGUACGUUGGACCUCCUAAAGGAGGAGGACUUCCAGACGAUGAAGAAGACGGCGAGGGUCUUGAAUGUCGCUCGUGGCGGCGUAUACAACGAGGCGGCACUCCUGCGUGCUCUGGAUGAAGGCUGGAUCGCCGGCGCCGGCUUGGACGUCUUCACGUCAGAGCCUCCUGCGGCGGACUCGACGGCGUCACAGCUGACGAAGCACCCCAAGGUGGUAGCCACGCCGCACCUGGGAGCGUCCACGGUCGAAGCCCAGGAGAACGUGUCGAUGGACGUGUGCACCCAGGUAGCCGAGAUCCUCCGCGGAGGCCUGCCGACGGCGGCCGUCAACGCCCCUCUUAUCAUGCCGGAGGAGUACCGCAAGCUGCAGCCGUUUGUGCGGCUCAUCGAGAAGAUGGGCGGGCUGUACACGCAGCACUUUGUCGGGAGCAAGGGCGGAAUGGUGGGCGGUCGUCGGUUCGAGCUGAUCUACCAGGGCGACAUCGCGGGCAUCUCGAACACGCGGCCGCUGUUCGCGGCGCUGGUGAAGGGGCUGGUGUCGUCCAUCACGGACUCUGGCGGGCGGGACGUGAACAUCGUCAACGCCAGCCUCAUCGCCAAGGAGAAGGGCAUGAUCAUCAGCGAGACGCACAGCGGGGAGGCCAAGAACGGCGCGUAUGCCAGCCUGGUGACUCUCCGGUCGCACGGCGAGGACGGCGAGCAGGUGAUUGAGGGAUAUGUGUCGGGGCAGAGCAUAUACAUCUCCAAGCUGGACCGGUUCAGUGCGACGUUCCAGCCGCAGGGGACGAUGCUGGUGCUGCACAAUUACGACGAGCCGGGCAAGAUUGGCGGUGUGGGAACGGUGCUGGGCCGGCACGGGAUCAACAUCACCUUCAUGCAGGUGGCAAGCCUGGAUGGUGAGGAGAGGAGGGCGGAGGGCGGCAACGAAGCUCUCAUGAUCCUGGGCGUGAGGGGAGAGAUUGGCGGCAAAGUAGUGGAGGAUUUGCAGCACGAGGAGGGAAUCCUGAACGUGAGCCUGGUGAGGUUGUGA